AUGGCUGAGGAUCUGACCCCCCAUCGCACGAUCCCAAACGACUACAAUUCCUAUCACCCCCUCCGUUCGGAGCACCACGAGAUCCGACUCCUCCGUGUUCUCCCAGGCGGCGACGAUGACGAGCUCGCUGUGGUCUUGGUGCGGAGCAACCGUUCCAACCACCCCGAAUAUCGCGCACUAUCGUAUUGCUGGGGGAGUCUCAACGAGCUCGCCCCGGUUACUGUCGUGUUUGAGGACGACCGCGACGUGGAUUCUUCGAGCAUCCUUGAUGUUGACGAGCCCUGCGGCGUCCUGGGGCCUCGCGCUGUCACCUUUCAGAUCACCACCAACCUCCACGAUGCACUCGCCUCGUUCCGCCGCACUCGGGAGCAUGGUUACCUCUGGAUCGAUAUGCUCUGUAUCAACCAAGGCGACGUUGAGAGCGGUCGGGGCAGCUGGCCGAUAGGCAACUGGCCGGGAGAAAGUUGGCCGGGAGAAAGCUGGCAAGAUUCCUUCCUAGGUAAAGAGAGGCUCCGACGGUUCUAUGACUUCCUCUCAAACCCGAGACUGCACGUCAGUGUCGAGGACGCACCUCCUGGCUUCGACCAUGCUCUUCACACCUACCGCUCCCGUAUCGCAACUUCUAGUUCCGAGGUAUGGGACUGGUCCACAACCGUUUUGACGCGCGGGAAGUGGAUGGUAGCAGCCCUCCCUCGCGACAUGUUCCGCCGAAUGGCAGUCAUAGCCAAAGCGCCAUGGUUUCGACGCGUAUGGGUAAUCCAGGAAGUAGCAGCUGCGAACCGGGUCCGUGUUCGGGUGGCCGACGCGGAGGGAAGCUGGGAGAUCAUACGCUCUCUAAGAAAUUUUGUCAGUGAACUGUUCGCUCGGAUCGUGGCGGAAGAGCCCACAGCCCUUGCGAGUCUCGACUUUGGCGGUCACGACCUGAUCCCUGCGCUCUGGCAAGAUCUGGUCACUUGGCAGGAUGCGAAUACCAUGACGAUUGUGAAACUUGUCGAAGCCCUGCGUACAUUUUUCGCAACGGACCCACGGGAUCUGGAUGCCGGUCGGGAAACCUAUGCUAGAUUCACUUCAUCUGUCAUACGCUCGACCGGCCAUCUCGACAUUCUUUCUAUGGCCAAGUUCUAUACUCGGCCCGAAAGACCUGCCGGGCUACCUGGCUGGACUCCGGACUUUAGUUAUCGCCCCCCCAAGGACUGGGAUCCAAUGUAUAAUAGGGGACGAUGGGAUCAGCCGUUUGGGCGUACACUAGCCCGUAUGAAGGACACGAAUAGCUGGAAAACCCUUCAGGUCGCGGGCAUUUACGAGGCAAGAGUGGCAACGAUUAUAGAUGCACAGGUCGUCGUUGAUUCCAGGGAUGGCAAAGGGCUCGAUUCCAAGAAGCUUCGCGAUGUGCCGCUCCAAAGCCUCUGGGCUUGCGUGAACGAAGCUUACGCCAAAACGUUCCUAGCCCGGGGUCGAAAUGAUCACCAACCCGCCCGCCCCUCAAGCCUGACGUUAACGUAA